AUGGUCUCUCAGCGGGUAUUGGUGCGCACAACUGCAGCCUUGAAAACUCGGGCAUCCACAUGCCUCUAUGCAAACCCUCCGCCUAGAUUGCCUACAUGUGUAACAGCCCGCAGACGGCUACAUGCCUCCAGCAAUCGCCUCCAAGCCUCCCCGGCUACUGCUAUAGGAGCAGCAGAUACAUAUCCUACGAAUCAUGAGCAAAUUAAGUUGCCGGGCAACACGCCAUAUUUUCUAGACAACAAAUUCGUCGACUCAAAGACUGAAUCCUGGAUCGAUCUCUACGAUCCAGCAACAAACAAUCUUGUUACCCGAGUCCCCCAGAGCACGGAUGAAGAACUUAAUGCAGCUAUCGAAAGUGCGAAGAAAGCAUUUCCAGCAUGGAAGGCUACAAGUCUACUUCACAAGCAGCAGAUCAUGUUCAAGUUCGUGGCGCUCAUACGGCAGCAUUGGGAUAGGCUCGCGGCGAGUAUCACAUUGGAACAAGGAAAGACAUUUGCAGAUGCAAAGGGUGAUGUUCUCAGGGGCUUGCAAGUUGCUGAGACAGCCUGCGGGAUCACAACGCAAUUGACGGGGGAAGUGCUUGAAGUAGCAAAGGAUAUGGAGACGAGGAACUACAGAGAGCCCAUUGGGGUGGUGGCUGCUAUAUGUCCUUUCAACUUCCCAGCUAUGAUACCAUUGUGGUCAAUCCCCAUCGCUACUAUUACAGGCAACACUCUCAUCCUUAAACCAUCAGAGCGCGACCCUGGAGCAGCAAUGAUCUUAGCUGAGCUUGCUCGGGAAGCUGGCUACCCAGAUGGAGUAAUCAACAUCGUCCACGGAUCUGCCAAGACUGUAGACUUCAUAAUCGACGAGCCAGCUAUCAAAGCCAUCAGUUUUGUCGGCAGCAAUAAAGCGGGCGAAUACAUUUUUAGUCGUGGCUCUGCCAAAGGCAAGCGGGUUCAAGCCAAUCUUGGAGCAAAGAAUCAUGCGGCUGUUUUACCUGACGCGAACAAAAAUCAAGCGUUAAAUGCGAUAGCAGGGGCUGCCUUUGGUGCUGCUGGCCAGCGAUGCAUGGCAUUGAGUGCGGUUGUCAUGGUUGGUGAGACGAAAGAUUGGCUUCCUGAGGUCGCCGAGAGAGCCAAGGAGCUCAACGUCAAUGGCGGCUUCGAAGAGGGCGCAGACUUGGGUCCUCUUAUCAGCCCCCAGGCGAGAGAACGGAUCGAAAGCAUCAUCACGAGUGCCGAGGAGGAAGGAGCAACCAUUCUUUUAGAUGGGAGAGGCUAUAAGCCGGAGAAAUAUCCACAUGGCAAUUGGAUUGGACCCACCGUUAUAGCCAAUGUGAAGCCCCACAUGAAAUGCUACACAGAAGAGAUCUUCGGGCCCGUCCUCGUCUGCCUGAACGUUGACACCAUGGAUGAUGCAAUUGAUACGAUCAAUGCCAACGAGUACGGCAAUGGCGUAGCCAUUUUCACUCGAAGCGGCAGCUCAGCUGCCCGCUUUCAAAAGGACAUUGAAGCCGGCCAAGUUGGAAUCAAUGUUCCUAUUCCUGUACCGUUACCCAUGUUCUCGUUCACUGGAAACAAGAAGAGUGUGGCUGGCGGAGGUGCGAAUACGUUCUACGGGAAAUCCGGGUUAAACUUCUACACGCAGACGAAGACUGUGACUAGUCUGUGGAGGAGCGAGGAUGCUGUUGCAGCGAAGGCAAAUGUAGAGAUGCCUACUCACAACUAG